AUGGGGAUCUGUUUUUCCUCCGCUGGUCAAUCUGCAAAAAGUCCUAAUGUUAUAUCCAAGAAGCGAAAAGCAUUGCCAAUUGAUGCCUCCUUUAAGCUUCCUGCUCCCUUACCAUCUUGGCCACCAGGUGAAGGUUUUGGGAGUGGAAUCGUUGAACUUGGAAAUGGAUUGCAAGUGUGCCAGAUAUCAUCUUUCAACAAAGUUUGGGCAGCGCAUGAAGGUGGGCCAGAUAAUCUCGGAGCUUCCUUCUUUGAACCCUCACAAUUGCCACAAGGUUUCUCUAUGCUUGGUUCCUACAGCCAACCCAACAAUACGUUGCUCUAUGGAUGGGUUCUUGCAGGGAGAGACGAGACAGGCUCAGCAUUGAAGCAACCAAUUGAUUAUACUCUUGUUUGGAGCAGUGAGUCUCUGCGAAUCAAACAAGACGGCGUUGGCUACAUUUGGCUACCUACUCCGCCUGAUGGUUACAAAGCUCUUGGCCACGUCGUCACCAACUCUCCUCAGAAGCCUUCCCUUGGAAAAAUCCGCUGUGUCCGGUCCGACCUCACCGACCAAUGUGAGCUCGACUCAUGGAUAUGGGGACCAGGUAAGGAGAGCGAUCCAAAUGGUUUCAAUGUUUUCAGUCUGUUGCCUAGCAAUAGAGGGAUACAAGCUAUGGGUGUCUGUGUAGGAACAUUUGUAGCCCAAAUUACUAUCACUGCUCCAGUUUCUCUAGCUUGUUUGAAGAAUGUUAUCUCUGAUCUAUCUUGUAUGCCUAAUCUAAACCAAAUUCAAGCAAUCUUUCGGACAUAUUCUCCUUGGAUGUAUUUUCAUCCUGAUGAAGAAUACCUUCCUUCUUCGGUGAAUUGGUAUUUUAUAAAUGGGGCACUACUAUACAAAAAGGGAGAGGAGUCCAAACCUGUCCCAAUCGAAUCCAAUGGCUCGAACCUUCCCCAAGAUGGUGCAAAUGAUGGUGCUUAUUGGCUGGAUCUUCCUGUGGAGGAAGGGGCCAGAGAUAUGGUGAAAAAAGGAGACUUGCAAGAUUCCCAAGUCUAUUUACACAUAAAGCCAAUGCUUGGUGCCACAUUCACUGAUAUAGCUGUGUGGGUGUUCUACCCCUUCAAUGGUCCUUCCAAGGCUAAAGUUGAAUUCAUAAAUAUUCCGUUGGGAAAGAUAGGAGAACAUGUUGGUGAUUGGGAGCAUGUGACCUUAAGGAUCAGCAAUUUUAAUGGAGAGUUGUGGAGCAUCUAUUUUUCGGAACACAGUGGGGGAACAUGGGUCCAUGCUUCAGAACUUGAGUUUCAAAAUGGCAACAAAGCUGUGACCUAUUCAUCCUUACACGGCCAUGCCAUGUAUGCCAAGCCAGGCCUAGUUUUACAGGGGAGUGGGAGUAUAGGAAUUAGGAACGAUACAGCUAAAAGCAAGAAAUUCAUGGAUACCGGAACAAAUUCCUUAGUGGUGGCAGCUGAGUAUUUGGGCACGGCCGUCACUGAACCACCAUGGCUCAACUAUUUCAGGAAAUGGGGUCCAAAAAUCCCGUACGACGUUGCGGAAGAGAUCAAGAAGAUCGAGAAACUAUUGCCUGGAAAACUGAAAUCUGCUUUUGACAAGUUUGUUAGGAGUCUGCCAAAUGAAGUGCUCGGGGAAGAAGGGCCAACAGGUCCCAAACUGAAAAGAAAUUGGACUGGAGACGAAGUUUGA